AUGUCCUUCCAUGGAUGUACUCCAGAAUCUCUCCUCCCACGAUCUGACUCUAAAAAUCCUGCAACCACAUGUAACGGCAUCACUUCAACAGGGCGGCCAUGUCGAAGAGCCCGAGCAACGUCUCCAACAACGUCUCCAGCAACUUCACCCAGUCGAGAUACUGGUACCGGCAUCAUUGCGGUAUUGGACCAACAAAAUGCAGCGGCAUUUUAUUGCUGGCAACAUAGAGACCAAGCCGAACAACUGGCGACCAAGGACCGCCAAACGAAGACGAGUCUACAUCCACUGAAAAGGAUAUCGAGCAUCGACACGUUGGUGGAACGAGUGGGGAUUUUGGAACUGGACGAAAACGUCCCGAGUCAGCAGUGGAAGCGAUACCGUCGCCGGCAUGGCCAUGGUGAUGGACCUACACGGCCUGACACGUUACCCACCGAUUGGAACGGGAUGCAAGGUCCGUUGAUGACUGUCCCGAAGGAAAUGGUACGACCACAACAGCCACGGCCCAAGAUUGAACGUCGGAGUCCAUCUCCACGAUCCAAUGUGAAAUUGUCGUGGGCAUGUUGCAUUCAGGUUGAUCACGAUGACCUUCCCCCUCCAAGAGUUAGACAUUCUCGGUCUCGACCAUCGAGCAGUCGACAGUCACGCAGCCCUGCAGUCCACGAUGUACAGACGUCGUCUGUUGUGAGACCGGACAUGAGCAUGGGCCAGUCCCAAGAACAACUAGACACUCGUUCUCAGUCUCAUUCCCGAUCAGCUACUCCUCCUGUCACCACCCCACGACCAAGACCGACUCCAGCUUCAUCAAACUCUCAGACCCGGACCCUUCUCUCACUCAUCCCAUCCCAUCUCUCACCACAGACCACUUCCCUACUUCUCACCGAGCUGUCCCGACCGAUCUCCUCGGCCGACGCGACCGGGUAUAUCUACAUAUUUUGGUUAACACCGGAAUCCAGAGUCUCCAAGCCCGACGACGAGGCGGCAUCCUCUCUUCUCGAUGACGAUGACGAUGACGACCUCGGAUCUUCACAGAAGACAAACGAAACCCUCACCCGUUACGCUUCGAUCCGUUGUCCCAAUCCCCGUUCCCAAGCCCAGGCUCAUGCCCAGCGCACAAUCACGCUGAAAAUCGGGCGCACCGCCAAUGUCCAUAGACGCAUGACACAAUGGGCCAAGCAGUGCGAGCAGAAUAUCACUUUGAUUCGCUACUAUCCCUACCCACAACACACCAACAACGCUACCGGCUCACAUCUAGUUCCCGGCCGAAAAGUACCCCACGUGCACCGCGUCGAACGACUCAUCCACCUCGAACUUGCGGAAAAGCGCGUCGUCAACGCUGAAUGCUCGCAAUGCGGUCGCGAGCAUAGAGAGUGGUUUGAGAUCGAGGCUUCGAGGGUCGGUCUUCGGGCUGUCGAUGAGGUAGUUAGGCGCUGGGUUGGAUGGGCGGAAAGACAGUAG